GGGAGGGGUAAGGAACGUCCAGGACUCUUCAGACAUGGGAGAGGCUGUCUGUGAAGAGAUUCCCACGCGCCCCACAGACAGUGCUCUGCAGGAACAGAAGGGCGAGCUGCGUAAGCAGCUGUCCUACACCACACACAAGCUGGAGAAGCUGGAGACCGAGUUUGACUCCACGCGCCACUUCCUGGAGAUUGAGCUGAGGCGUGCCCAGGAGGAGCUGGACAAGGUCACCGAGAAACUGCGCAGGAUUCAGAGCAACUACAUGGCGCUCCAGAGGAUCAAUCAAGAGCUGGAGGACAAGCUGUACCGGAUGGGCCAGCACUAUGAGGAAGAGAAGCGUGCCAUGAGCCACGAGAUUGUCGCCCUCAACAGCCACCUGAUGGAGGCUAAGGUGACCAUUGACAAGCUGUCGGAGGACAACGAGCUCUAUAGGAAGGACUGCAAUCUAGCGGCCCAGCUGCUGCAGAGCAGCCAGACCUACGGCAGGGCCCGUAAGGUGUCCGAGCUGCCCUCGGAGUUCCAGCAGUGCGUGAGCCUGCACAAGGAGAAGCACAGCUGCAGCCUGCCGUCGACGUCGCUGUGCCACCCGACCUACGCCGACAGCGUGCCCUCCUGCGUGCCCUCCUGCGUCAUGGCCAAGGUGCUGGAGAAGCCGGACCCGGGCAGCCUGUCGUCCUCGGCCUGCGACCUGGGCUACCGUGACAGCGGCGUGGAGAAGUCGGGCUCGCGGGCCCCGUACAAGGAAGACCUGUACGACAGCGACACGGCGCUCUACUGCCCCGACGGGCGCGAGCACGGCCGGCGGCCCAGCGUGGACACGCCGGUGACCGACGUGGGCUUCCUGCGGGCGCAGAACUCCACCGACAGCGCGGCGGACGAGGAGGAAGAGGUCGAGGGGGCGGCCUACCCCGGCGCCUACCGCCGCCGCCGCGAGGCCUACCAGGGCUACGCGGCCUCGCUGCCCACCUCCAGCUCCUACUCGAGCUUCAGCGCCACGUCCGAGGAGAAGGAGCACGCGCAGGCGAGCACGCUGACCGCCUCGCAGCAGGCCAUCUACCUGAGCGGCCGCGACGAGUUCUUCGGCCGCAAGCAGUCCGCCACCUACGCGAGCGGCCCUCGCUUCGCCAAAGCCGCGGCGACCCUGGGCCCCGCGCUCGAGGCCCAGGGAGCCUCGGGCUUUGCUCGGACUGUGAAUCCGUACCCGGCCGAGCCCUACCGCUACUCGGCCUCCCCCGGGCCCCAGCAGGCUCUCAUGCCGCCAAACCUGUGGAACCUGCGGGCCAAGCCGUGCGGGAACCGGCUUGCCGGGGAGGACAUUCGAGGCCAGUGGCGUCCCGUGGGCGUGGAGGAUGUCGGCGCCUACCCGUACCAGGCCGGCGCCGCGGCCCGCGCCGCCUCGCCCUGCAACUUCAACGAACGUUACUACGGCGGUGGCGGCGGCGGCGCUAGUGGCGGUAGCAGCCCCGGCCACGAGGCCGAGGGCCGCGGCAGCCCCCUCUAUGCCUCCUACAAGGCCGAUAGCUUCUCUGAGGGCGAUGACCUGUCCCAGGGUCAUCUGGCCGAGCCCUGCUUCCUGCGAGCAGGUGGCGAUCUGAGCCUCAGCCCUGGCGGCCGCUCGGCUGAUGCUCUCCCUAGCUACGCAGUCAGCGAUGGGGAUGGGGAUAGGCUUAGGGUCCAGCUGUGUGGGGCUGUCAGCAGCCCCGAGCCUGAGCAUGGCUCCCGCGAGUCUCUGGAGCGUAGCUCCAUUGAGGAGUCUCCUGAAAUGCACCCUCCCACCCGUCUCAGCCCCCAGCAGGCCUUCCCAAGGUCUGGAGGCUCUGGGCUGAGCCGCAAGGACAGUCUCACUAAGGCUCAGCUCUAUGGUACCCUGCUCAACUGACUGCCAUCAGCAGGCUGCAGUCAGGAGCCCCCAGCCACCCUGCCCCAUGUAGGGAGUAGCUAAUGCCCUCACCCAGUCCCAACGCCUGCUAAGGAACAGCAGUUCCAGUUCCAGUUCCAGUUCCAGUUCCAGUUCCAGUUCCAGUUCCAGUUCCAGUUCCAGUUCUAGUUCCAGUUCCAGUUCCAGUUCUAGUUCCAGUUCUAGUUCCAGUUCCAGUUCCUUGUGACUCUCUUACUCCCACCCCAGUAGAACCUGAAGAGAUGCCCUCUGACCUCUGCCCUCUGCCCUCUUCCCUAUGCCGUCGUCUUGUCCACCCCAGCUUCUGCUGCAAAUCCAGAAUAGUCCCGCUCUGCACCCUUCCCUGAAGUGAGCAUCCCCUGAUUUGUAAGUGAAGCUAUUUUUUUAGGGAAAAAGAGUGUUGUUUGUUCGCGCACUUGCCGCCAGAUCCUGGAUGGCAGCCUUGGCGCACCCCACAUGAAUCCUUCAUUGCCAGUGAGGGUGCGUGGGGCCUGCCCCAGGGAAGGGGAGGCUGAGGCCCUAGAGGGACCAGUCUCCACAAGAGGGAAGAAGCCAGAAACAAGGGAACAAGUGGGAAGUUCUGUACACUGAGGAGGGGACCAAAGCCACUUAGGGCGCAGAAAAUGUGUUAUGCUCUCGUGUCACAGUGUAGCCAGCACUCUGCCCUAAUCCACCCUGAGCUCUUCCAUGGCCCGGCCUGUGAGCCCUGUGAGCCCAAGAGAGGCCAGGGACACCCCCAGAACAGCCGGUGCUUGUUUCUCCCCUCCCCCUCCCCACACCACCUGACUCUACCUCAGACAUGAGGCUCCUCCCACCCCUGUGAACUUGUGAACUUGUCGUCUGUGAUGCAUGCCAGUCGUCAGUACUGUAUUCGCAUUCCUUAAUAAAGGACAGCAGUGGAAAGUG